AUGUGGAGGAUGCAAUGGUACUCCUUGGUGAUAUCGAUACAUGAGAUAACGAACUUGCUGCAAAGAAGAUACGAUACUGUUAGUGCUGAUCUACAACUAGCCUUCAGCAGAGAUAACAGAAAUAUUGAAGACAUUAAGGGCAAUGUAUCAAGGCUCAAAAUGCUCUUGGAAACUCUGUAUACGAUUGUAGCGUUAUUCAAUUCUUUGUUCGGGAAGUAUUUGGUUUAUAUACUUUCGAACUCAUUCAUGCAGCAUCUCUUGGUCUUGGAUCAAGCCAUGUCUGAAUCGUUCCGAUUCAUUGAUAGAUGGUUCCUGUUGGGAUCGUAUAUUUUUUACGGGAUCUUCACUGUGGUGACGAUAAUGUCGUGUGAUAAGCUGGAGAAAAGCGGUCUCAAAGUCUUGGAAACCUGCCACUAUCUGCAAACCACCGUCGAAGACGAUUUUGCAAGAAAAGAGCUCGCUAGUCUCGCUGAUUUCGUCAAGGCACUCCUGCCAACUAUCUUCACUGUGGUGGCGAUCAUGUCGUGUGAUAAGCUGGAGAAAAGCGGUCUGAAGGUCUUGGAAACCUGCCACUAUCUGCAAACCACCGUCGAAGACGAUUUUGCAAGAAAAGAACUUGCCAAUCUCGCAGAUUUUAUCAAGGCACUCCUGCCAACUAUUAGUGCUGCAGGAUUUUUCAAGAUAAACCAACGUCUGUUGCCAGCGUUCCUCUCAGCUUUGACUUCGUAUGUUAUCAUCAUUAUCCAAUUCGAAAUGUGAAUUGGCCAAUGCGAGAGGAUGGAACAGAACAUUACGGACUGGAUCUGAAUUCCUUCGGCAAUGGUUUGUUCUCAUAAUUUGGUGUGAGGGUAUCUGAGCCCUCAUCGUAGAUGUGUGGAGUGUGUUUCGAUUCAUUUCUAUUCACCAGGUGUUCUCCAAUUAGAUGUUGAUAUGUACAGACAUUUCUUAUAUUUGAUGAAUUCUCAAGAUACAGGGAGUUGAGAUUGAAAAUGAAAUUGCAUUUCUUUUUCUUAUAGCAAAGAGUUUCGGAGAACAUAUAGAGAAUCUAGUCUAAUGAAAAAAACUUU